CGGAGGGACGAGGCAGAAGAGGACGCGAAGCCCAGUUAUCUCCGCGCAGCCGGCUGAAGGAACCGAGAAGAAUAUGAUCCUCAAACAGCAUCUGCUCUUCGCCCUCUACAGCCUCUGCGGGAUCCUUCUAAAAGCGGCUGCAACGAAAAACAAAGUGAGAGGUAGCCAGAGCCAGUUCCCCAUCGUUCAGAACGUGACAGUAACAGAGGGCGGAACGGCCAACAUGACCUGCCGGGUGGAACACAAUGACAACACCUCCCUCCAGUGGUCAAACCCGGCACAGCAGACUCUCUUCUUCGGUGACAAGAAAGCGCUAAGGGACAACAGGAUCGAGUUGGUGCGUGCAUCAUGGCAAGAGCUAACCAUCAGCAUCAGCGAAGUUACGCUGCAGGACGAGGGCCUGUACACCUGCUCUCUGUUCACCAUGCCCAUCAAGACGGCCAAGGCGUACCUCACCGUUCUGGAAGGACGGAUUCACAAGGGUGUCCCAGAGAUGCCCGAGAUCGACGGACUCACUAAACCCGUCAAGGAGGGCGACCACGUCACGCUGACCUGCAUCACCUCCGGGAGCAAGCCAGCUGCCGAAAUCCGAUGGUUCCGCAACGAAAAGGAGAUCAAAGGCGCCAAGGAGGUAAACGCCAGCGGGAAGACGUUCACGGUGAAGAGCUCCGUCCAGCUCCAGGUGGGCCGCGAUGAUGACGGUGUGGCCUACACGUGCCGGGUGGACCAUGUGGCUCUGGCUUCAUCGCCUCAGCAGGCCACAGAGGUGCUGGAGGUGCACUAUGCCCCUCGGGUGGAGAUCACACACUCCGCAGUGCACCCCCAAGAAGGCGAAUACCUAAAACUGGAAUGCGUCUCCAAAGGAAAUCCAUCACCUGACCCCGUCCUCUGGACGAAGGAUGGGAGUGAACUGCCUGACAUCGACCGCAUGAUCGUGGAGGGCCGUGAGCUGACCAUCAUGUCCUUGAACAAGACGGACAACGGCACGUACCGCUGCGAGGCCAGCAACCACCUGGGCACCAGCAGCGCCGAGUAUGUGCUCUACGUGUACGAUGCCCCCACUACAAUGCCGCCAUCUUCAGCACCCCCCACCCAAACCACCAACUCAGACACCACUGCUUGCUUAGAUACCCACGCCAACAAACCUGCAGCUACUGGCAUUGUGCGAGAUCCCAAUGCUUUGGAACAGAGAGGACCAGACCAUGCGCUGAUCGGAGGGGUGGUCGCCGUGGUCGUCUUUGUCACCUUAUGUUUAAUAAUUGUGCUGGGGCGAUACCUGGCGAGGCAUAAAGGAACGUACCUAACGAACGAGGCCAAAGGAGCAGACGACGCCCCUGAUGCAGACACAGCCAUCAUCAAUGCCGACGGCAAUCACGCACACGCAGAAGAGAAGAAGGAGUACUUCAUUUAGACUGGUCCCCCUGCCUCCCUCUUGUCGAUCUGCGUAGGAAAGCCCGCAUUCAGCUCAAGAGCCCCCCCGUGCCCCUCACUUUUGCCAUUUUCGUUAAUUCAUUCUCUCCGACCUACGUCUCCUCCAAUGGCCAGUUUUUACGAGCAGCUAACUGCUGAAGACAUCAAUCUUUUUCUAUCCACGCUAUAUCUGUCCAAAAAUCCCCAACCUACCAGAAUGUGUCGGGGCCAUUAGAAAUUCGCCCGGAUCUCCCCAGCCACACCCCGGUUUUGCGGGCCAUAAUUUUUACAGUGCCUCAAUAUACAGACAUCCAUUGAAAAUCCAGUCAAUGCCUUCAUUUAUGUGAGUGAUGUAACCCAAUGAUAUAAUCACUACAGCAGUGAAGAGGACUAGGUUAGAGCUAUCCUCUCGUUAACUGAACCCACUUUUAUUUUAACUAGAUUACAUAUUUAGUAACUAUCAUUGUUCCUCCCCCAGCUGUUUUAGUUAUGUGUAUAUAGAUUACGACAUGGAAAUCAAUUAUAGCCCCACAACUUUGAGGCAAUACUUGCUAUAAGGAUAAAAAAAGCUAUACUAUUAUAGGAUGUAAAGCUUAAGGCUUGUUGGUAUAAAAAUAAGGACCCUUUUGAGCUGAGACUAGAAUGAUUAAGACAGCAGAUUCAUCAUAAAUCCUGAAGGGUACAUGUAAUUCAGCAGGCGAUGGAGGUAAUUGUACCAUAAGCCAGUUCAUGAGCAUUCGUAAGUAUGAAAGGCCACCAUUUACACCCUGACGUUUUGUCUUACUCUUGUUGUUUUGUCUGUAUAUUCCUGCACUGUUUAACCUAUUCACCACUGACAUGUAAUGUUCUCUUACCAUUGCUGGGAGAGUGACUUGAAUAGUGGUCUAAAAAUCAGUCAGUGAUUUACCGCAGGCGGUCACGGAGGUUCAAAAGGAACCCAUCCUUUUCACAUUUCUGUUAACUCCAUGGCAGAUGGGUAGAGUUGCCUUCCUUCCUGGAAGGACAGUAGUGAUGGCCAAAUGAACCUUCAUGAACCAUUUGCUGUAUUUUUUGACCCCACUAGAUGGUGCUGUUUGUAUACUUGGGGCAUGAUUUGAGUCCAUCCAUCCAUCCAUUUUCCAACCCAUACUUCUGGGUCGUGGGGGGUCCGGAGCCUAUCACAGAAGUUAUGGGCACGAGGCGGGAAACAACCCAGGACGGGGGGCCAGCCCAUCGCAGGCCACACUCAUACACCAUUUACUCAUACAUUCAGACCUAUGGGUAAUUUAGUAACUCCAAUUAGCACACAUGUGACCCAGGUGGAGACUCCAACCACCAUGCUGCCCCUAUGGUUUACGUCCUUUUUGUGAAUAGAGAGUGCCAUCUAGUGGCGGUCAGAAAAUACUGCAAGUGGUUCAUGAAGCUUCAUUUGAGCAUCACUAGUGGACGCGCAGUUUGACCUAAAUCGAACGCAUUUGGAAGGUGACUUCCUAAAGUAGAUUUUCGCAAAGAAUGAGAACGAGGGAAGAAAAUAAGCACUUACAGCAACUCUAAGAGAACAUUGUACGUUAGUUGGUACAGAUUCCCCACCCCCACAUCGUUUGAUAAUAAAAUAAAUAAAUUCCAAAAAAAAAAUAUAAACAAAGAAGCACAAAUACUAUGGAAAAACAGCAUCACUUUGCAACCAAUGGACUGACUCAGGAUUCCAAGAUGAGUCUAAUUUAGGAAUUAGGCCGUUCAAACCCAUGGACGCAAUUUGGCUCCCCAGCUCACUCCAAUCAAAACAUACCAUCAAGCUGUAUAUCAAACAUAGUAAACAGGACAAAGUCUUUUUAAAGAUGCAUCUGAAAACUGUCUUUUGUUUAUACGACAAAUAAGCUCCCUUGUCAAUACGGCUGUAUAUUAUGUCUGCUAAAUGUGGGUUAGUGAAAAUUGUUGUUAGAUUUUGGAACCCCUCAUACCUUAAAAAUUUGUAUAUUAGCCAAUUUAUCUAUUGAAAAUAAUCUACAGAUCUUUUCAAUUUGUCAUUUGUCAUUGCUUAUAUUAAAUAAGAACUAUGACAAACGUGUUUUCUUUCAGCGCAAGGCAUGUAUAUACUGUGUAAGUACUAAACUUUGGUAAUACAUAUUUGUUCAUUUUUUUUUCCCUCCAGGCUUUCAUUUCAGUUUAUUUAAUUUCAGAUUAUUUCAUUCGGCAUCGCUAGUUGGAAUAAAAAUGUUGGUCUCUUAACAUCUUUGGAGAGUGCGAUUCACCUGCUGUUUGUGUGCUCUGUGCGGAUACCAUGGUUGUAGAAGCAUAAUCCUGUAGAAGGGUCUACACAAACACCCGGAGAACACAGCCGGUGAGCUCUCAACAGUGUUUAGCGGUUCUUGGCCACCACCGUCAUGGCCGUGGUUUACCCGCGCAUGCCGUGGUGAAAUGCUGCUUCGCUGUGUCUCCCGCGCAUGCAAACAAGUUAAAAACCUAUUAGUCACCGAAGAGAUCAAAUGGAAAAACUGUUGAAUCAUUCGUGUUUUUAUUUUUCCUUUAAAUGAUGUUAUAUAUUAUAUACUGGUAUAAGUCCAUGUACAUUUUCCACUAGUUGCCCAUAACACAGGAUCGGGGGGUGCUGGAAACCAGUUGCAUUUAAGUCGUGAAGGGAAAUGUUGUGUAAAUAAAGGUGAUAUAAAUAUUGGUGAGAAGGUUGUACUGAUAGCGUGACUUAGGCCUCAGAAGGCUGCUGCAGCGUUAUUGGCAUCUCGCUUGCAAGUUCCAACCAGCAAGAAGGUCCAUCGUUUGACGUUGGAGGGCUUCUUUAGAUCAACUUGAUGACACAAAAAUCCACAGCUACGGUACAGAGACCAACAUAUUUUGAGCUUUUGAGUUCCAGCCCCGCUAUCCAUGUGUCCAUGUAUCAUUCGAGUUGUAUCCAUAUCUAUCACAUGCACUCUGAUUGAAGACGGUACAAGGUUACCUUGUGUUGGGAGGGUCUAUGUAUGUAGCUUGUUCAGGACCUGUAAGAGUAUCGGUUUGCUGGUUUCGCAAUGAAGUCCAGAAGUCUUACCUAAAUGUAAUCUACUUCAAAUCGAAGUCAUUCAUGAAAAAUGUACCGGAAUAAAUCAAGCAGCUUCAAUAUAACAAUCACCGCAAUUGCCUUUGUGUCUUCAAAAAUGUCAACUACGUUCUGAGCUGUGGGUCCCCUUAUGGAGAACCUGAACUCUCCUUGUGUGAGAGAGCUACCAUGAAAAGGAGUCCAAACAUGUUAAUACAUUAUUUUUACUUCUUAAAGCAUGCUCCAGCUUAUUUGUUUUGAGUCAUUUUAUGUUUAGUUAUUUUCUGUUGAUUUAAUGAUUUUUUAACGUUUUUUUGUUAAUUUGUUUUACUUUAAUUUGCUAUUUUCAUUUUGGAAUGUUUGACUUGUGUGUAUUUUCAGUGUUGAACUGUCUUAUUUCCAAAGCUUUGAAAACAGCACUUGUAAAAAAAAAAGGAAGUGGCAAAGGUAUAGAGUAAAGAGUGCACAAAAGUGACCAGAUAUCCUGUCCUGUGUUACGCGCAUUGAGGACGCCUCAUUGGCACCUCGUGUUAAUGGGCCUCAUUCACCAACCAUUCUUAAGAAGAAUUUUCUUCUCAAAACCCACUUACGCAGUUUUCAUGAAGUUUAAUGUUGUUUACCAGUGUUUUCGUAUUCGGGAUUUCUUCGCAGGUAAGAGCAGAAUCUACGCAUACUCUAGUGCACACUUACACACAUUUAAGUAUUGAAAAGUCUGUGCAAAAUAUUUGCUUAUUGCGUUUUCUUCAAUUCUACUGUUGUAUUGAAUUCUUGGAUUUAAAUUACUAAAAUUAUUUUGACCAUGUAUAAUAUUUUAAAAUAAUAAUUAAAUAAUAAUAACUGUAAUGAUUGAUUAUUUUAUAAUAAUUUAAUAAUUAUUAAAAUAUUACAAUGA